GUCGCAUUUUUGGAGGGGCUGCAAUGACUUUUUCCAUCACAAACAACACAUUCAUUUCGAUCUCAUAUAUUAAUAUUGUUUGAAUUUUGAUUGCAAAGAGCCCAGGAGGCUCAGAGAACAUAGACAAAAUGCCUAUCAACCAACCCUCAAAUCAGAUCAAAUUCACCAAUGUAUCAAUCGUCCGAUUAAAAAAAGGCAAGAAGAGAUUCGAACUCGCCUGCUACAAAAACAAACUCCUAGAAUACCGCUCCGGCGCCGAAAAAGACCUCGACAAUGUCCUCCAAGUCCCCACAAUCUUCCUCUCCGUCUCAAAAGCCCAAACCGCCCCCUCCGCCGAACUAACAAAAGCCUUCGGCCCGAACGUAUCAACCGACGAAAUCCGCCAGGAGAUCCUGCGCAAAGGCGAGGUGCAGGUCGGCGAGCGCGAGCGCAAGGAGAUGCUGGAGCGGGUGGAGAAGGAAGUCCUCGACAUCGUCUCCGGGCGGUUAAUCGACCCCAACACGAAACGGGUGUACACGCCGGGGAUGAUUUCCAAGGCGCUGGACCAGUUGAGCUCGGCGAGCGGGCAGCAGCAGAUGCAGCAGGAGGGGAAUGGGAAUGGGAACGGGGCAGGGGAUGAGAAUGGGCCGGCGCAGCCGCGGAAGCCGCUUUGGUCGGGCGUGACGCCGAAUAAGUCGGCAAAGAGUCAGGCACUGGAGGCUAUGAAGGCGUUGAUUGCGUGGCAGCCUAUCCCUGUGAUGCGGGCUCGGAUGCGACUCCGUGUCACUUGUCCUGUGGCGCUGCUGAAGCAGUCUGUCAAGGCUGCCGCGGCGCCUGGGGCGAACAAGGAGAAGGAGGCGCCGUCUGGCGGGGCAAGAAUAAUAAGAAGGGCCGCGCGGCAGCAGGACUCGGAUGUGGAAGAUGGUGGCUCGGACGCGGAGACGGCGCCUGCUGCGAAAGCACCAACCAAUGUCAAGGACAAGAUCAUGAGCUACAUUGAGUCGGUGGAGAGUCAAGAAGUGGUUGGCGGUGAUGAGUGGGAAGUGGUGGGGUUUGCUGAGCCAGGCGCCUUCAAGGGGUUGAACGACUUCAUUGGCACCGAGACCCGCGGAAGAGGUCGAGUCGAGGUGUUGGAUAUGGCGGUUACCCAUGAGGACUGAGGCUUACCUUCUCCGUGACAUCCCUCAACCCUUUCAAUGACUAUUGUCUUUAGAGUCCACUAAAAGUAUAUAUCCUGCAUGUUACACUUGAUGUCUGUUACGAGCGAUGACAGGGCUAUGUAUUUGAUUAGUCAAGAAUAGCAUUAUAGAGAUUGAACAGUGAAUGUAUCUGGAAGUAAA